AGCAGGCGAGGGGCGGACCGCGAGCCGGCGGCGCCGCUGGACGCGGGCGGCUUCGUGCCGCGCCGGGCGCUGCCGCUGGUCGAGCGCGCGCCCACGCGCGAGUGGCAGGAGGCCUGCGGCGAGGGGCGCGCGGCCGGCUCGCCGCUGCCGGAGCCCGCGCGCCGCUACAAGACCGUGGUGCCGGUGUGCUACUUCGGCGACAGCAUGGACAAGCCCACGCCCAGGCCGCGCGCCGGCGCCGGCGCCGCCGCCGAGGACCGCGCGCCACUGGAGGUCGGGGCCGAGCGGCUGAUCGUCGUCAGCGUGAAGCCCUGCAGGGACGACGUGGUCCGCGUCGAGCAGGACGAGGGCCGGCUCGACGAGUGCUGGUCGCUGCCGGGGGGCGGCAGCGGCUUCAAGGCGGACUGGAGCUUCGUGCAGCAGUGGCGGCUCAGAGGGCCGGGCGGUGCGAGCGGCAGCAGCACGAAGGGGACGGGCGGCCACGACGGCGGCCCGCGGCAGUGCGCAACGGCGAGGCGCGAGGCCGGGGCCGCCACUGGACUCGGCGCCGCGGCGCCCGCCAGCCAGCAGCACCAGCUCGCGGGCCGUCAGCUCGGGCUCCCCCAGCGACGUUCGGCGGAGUGCGCGGGUAACAGCUCCUCGGACGAGAACCGGUCGUCGGGCCACGCGAGCAUGUCGGACACCGGCGGCCACACGAGCGGCAGCUCGCCGCCGCACCGCCAGCAGCCGGCCCCGCAGCCGCACCAGCAGGCGGCGGCCGACGGCCUCGAGCGGGCCGACGAGGCGCCCGCGGACGAGCGCCUGACCGCGGGCGUGACCGCGCAGCGGAGCGCGCGCACCAGGUCGGCGCAGAGCCGCGUCCGGCACCGCGCCGCCCCGGCCAAGGCGCCGUGGUCGGGCUCGGGCCUCGAGGACAUCAAGCUGGCCCUGCGGCAGCUGAGCCUGCGCUCGCACGCCUCGACGUCCACCCGCUCGUCGCAGAGCGGCUCGGAGAGCUCGGGGCCGGCGGCGCGCCGGCUGCUGCGCCACUCGAGCCUCGAGACGGUCAACAGCAGCGCCACCAGCGCCGACGAGUUCGUCUGGGUGGACUCGCAGCAGCGGCUGGCCGAGCUACAGCAGCCGCCCUGGACGCAGCAGGACGUGCUGCGCGUGCUGCAGGCCGGCCGCGCCGCCCAGCACAUGGACCGCGUGAGCAUGGAGGCCGUGCCGCGGCUGUCGUACCUGCUGCAGCGCGCGCUCGUGCGCGUGGGCCGCGAGGCGCAGCGGCUGGCCCGACCGCUGGGCCUGUGCGGCCGGCGCGAGGUGCUCGGCGCCCUCAGGAUCGUGCUGUGCCCCGCGCUGGCCGACUCCUGCGCCAAGGCCUGUCUGCGGGCGGCCGCCAUGUUCGCCGUGUCGGGCGAGCAGCCCCGCCAGUCCAAGGGCGCGCGCGCGGGCCUGCAGAUGCCGGUCGGGCGCUUCCUGCGCUGGACGACGGACGCGCGCCUCGGGCGCAUGGUCCACGAGCACGCCGCGGUCUGCCUGGCCGCGGCCCUGGAGAACCUGCUGGAGGAGCUGCUGAUGCGCUGCCUGCCGGACGAGCCGUGCGCCGCGCUCACGGCCGCGGCGCUGGAGCGCGCCGUCGCCGGCAGCGCCGAGCUCUGGGGCCUGCUGCAGCCCUGCGCCCACCUCUGCGCCGGCAGGCUGGCCUCGGGCGCGCUGUCCCCGUCGCCGGCCCCGGCGGCGUCCUCCGCGGAGGCCGCGCUGCUGACCACCUGCGUGGGCUCGUCGCGGGAGCUGCACGAGCUGCUGGCCCGGCUGGGCCGCGCGCCGCCGCUCACCGCCAGGGCCGUCGACGCGCUCUUCUAUUUCAUGCGCUGCUCGCAGCUGGAGCACGGCGGCCGCGGCGCGCCGGUGCAGCGGCUGGCGCACGAGCGCGCCUACGCACUGCUGCCGCCGCUCGGCGAGUGGCUGCGGGUGGCGGGCGCGCACGCCGAGUACCGCCAGGCCCAGGCGCUGGACCAGGACGACGUGGCGCAGGCCGCCAGGCUGCUGCUGCCGGGCGUCGACUGCCCCGCGCGGGCACUCUGGUGAGCUCCGCCGCCCCCCCCCCCCUCCCGCCCCCUCCCCACGACCGGUGCAGUCCGUACAGAGGAGGCCUCGUUCGCAGCUCAGGGCGUGGCGAUCGUGCCGGGGCCGCCCGGUGACGCGGACUACGCGCGCCGCCUCGGCCUCGAAGUCGCCUUCAAGCUGCUGGCGAGCGGCCGGCCGGAGCUCGUGCCGCAGGCGCUGCCGCUACUGCCAGGCGGCAAGCUCGACGCGCUCAACGAGCAGGGCCUCACGGCGCUGAUGCUGGCCAGCGCGGCGGGCGACGAGGCGGCGGUCGCCACGCUGCUCGACGCCGGCGCGCGGCCCGACGCGGAGACGCCCGCGCCCGCGGCCCAGCCGCAGGCCUUCGCCGCGGAAACCCAGCACUGGACGGCGCUCACCUUCGCGGCGCUGCUCGGCCACUGCGGCGUGGCCCGGCUGCUGCUGGGCCGCGGCGCCGCGGUGGAGGGCGGCGCACGGGCCGGCGAGGACCGGCCCACGCUCACGCCGCUGCAGGCGGCCAGCGCGGCCGGCGACGCCGAGAUGGUGGCGCUGCUGCUGGCCCACGGCGCCCAGCCCUUCCUGUCCAGCCUCGCCGGGGACGCGCCCUGCUACUCGAGCGCCGCGCCGCGCGGCUGCUACAGCGCCGUCUCCGUGGCGGCGGCCCACGGCCAGCGCGCCUGCCUGCGCCAGCUGCUCGCGCACCCGCUCAACUUCUCGGCCCGGCGCGGCGAGAGGGAGGUGCUCUCGCUGGAGGAGAUGCUGGCCGAGGACGCCCCCGGCACCCCCGGCGCCGGCGCCCAGCCCGGCGGCCCGGCGGACGGCGCCGAGCCCGCCUUCAGCAGGAGCCAGAGCAAGGCGCUCCAGGAGGCCAUGUACCACAGCGCGGAGAGCGAGCACCUGGACAUCACCAUGGAGCUACGGGCUCUGGGCGUCGCCUGGACCCUGCACUGCUGGACGCACAGCCUGGCCACGGCCCACGAGCUGAGGAUCGACUCCGUGAUCGAGCAGCUGCUGCGCGACUUCCUCCAAGUUUGCCCGGACGACUACUCCGCGCAGUUCGCGCAGGAGUGCCUGCCGUUGCUGUUCAAUAUCUUCCGCUGCAGCAAGAAAGAGGCUACGACGCUGCUGCUCGCCGACAUAUUCUGCACCUGCUUCGGCUGGGAGCCGAUCAAGCCGAUCAGGGACACGAGCGCCCUGCGCACCGGAUCGCGGGUCGAUCCCAAAUUUAUAAACAACCCGGAGCUGAGCGACGUCCAAUUUCGCGUGGAGGGCCGCGUGUUCUACGGGCACAUGGUCGUCCUGUUCUUCUCGCGGACAUUCGGAAGCAUGCUCAGCUCCAAGUUGUGCGAGGGAAAUCCGCCCAUCGUCCAGAUCAACGACAUUCGCUAUCACAUCUUCCACUUGGUCAUGGAGUUUCUGUAUCGCGGGAGCUGCGCCACUCUGCAGGUCGAUCAGAGCGACGUGCUGGAGUUGAUGGCGGCGGCCAACUUCUUUCAACUGGACGGUCUCCUGCGGUUUUGCGAAGCCCAAUGCUCGACGAUGGUCGAUCUCGACAAUGUCGUUUCCAUGUACAUCCACGCCAAGGUCUACAACGCGGUGCAAUUACUGGAGUACUGCCAAGGAUUUAUACUUCAGAACAUGGUGUCGCUCAUGACCUACGACGACUCGGCCAAGCGACUCUUGUUCGCCAAAAAAUUGCCGAAUCACGAUGUGCUUACGGGCCUUCUGUUGACGCUGCAAGCUCGGAUGAAAGCAAGACGACCGCAAAUCGCAAAGUGAUUUCAAAAUAUGACAUCUGGAAUUGUGAUGUUUGAGUUUCGGAAGAUCUCUUAUACACCUAUUCUAUAAGUGUUACGACUGAAUUUUUGCUAUUACUUUCUAUUGUUAUUUAGAUUUAGACGUUUACGAAUUUCGAAUGCACAAAUCUUGUAUAAAGCUUGUAUCAAUUUUAUCUUACAAAAUUAUCGUUAUCGUUUACGACAUUGUAUUCUUCAGAACUCAUUAACCAUGGAAUAUGAUGCGUUUAAAUUUCUUUUCUUUUUUAUCAACUUGUUAAUUGUGCGAUUGCUACGCGAAAACGUGACUAAACUGUUCGCAUUGUUACGCAUUAUUAUUUAUGAUUGAUUUUAUUACAGUUCAGUUUAUCAACGAAACGUAUGCGUUUUAUCAUCACAGAACAACAUGUCCGUCAAGUAUUAUAAAAAUUCUUGCCAAUUUUUUUAGUUAUAAUGAAAUUUUUAUCUUCAAGAUGUAAUUUGUUAAACUGCCUUAUCUCAAACUAUUUAUACAAAUACGUUUGUUUCGUGUUUGUGAAACAAUUUUUACAUAAACCUAACUUUAAACUGCUUAUAUAUGCUAAUAUGUUCUUAUCGGGUCAUUUAUUAGCUUAAUGAAAAUUUCAUUUGAAGAGUUAACAAAACGAAUGUUCCCCCGGAAAUUAAUCGCAAUGUUAAACGUAUGAUUCAGAAUCACGAUAGAAUGCAAGUUACUAAUAGCUAUUUCUACAGUGAUUGAAA